GGUCACAGCACAGCCUCACAGCUGCAAGCCUCUUCUCGAAUUAGACUGAGGUUGGGAGAGAGAGAGAGAGAGAGAGAGAGAGAGACUGUUUCUUUGUGUUGGGAAACAGCAUUUGUGGACUUCUAAACACAGACUGUUUCCACUUCACACGAACGGACAAAAGGGCACACUCUGUGUGGAAGACUGCAAGUGAGAAUGCCCUUCUGAGACAGAAAGGGCUGCUAUCACAGGAGCACCUGGUUGCCCUGAGCAUGUGUGGGCAACCUGCACGGGCAUCAUGAUUUCACACUAUCCACUGGCAUCGCUUCUCCCCUGGCCGCCCAUCCCACACCAUCUAGAUGGGGAGGGAGGGGUGUCCCUGCAGAGGUACCAGCCACGGUCGCCAGAGGUAGCUCGCUGCUGGAGUUCUGUGCAGGACUGGGGAGAGGAGGUUGAGGAAGGAGCCAUAUACAACGUGACGCUGAAGAGGGUCCAGAUCCAGCAGGCGGCUAACAAAGGCGCAAGAUGGCUGGGGGUGGAGGGUGACCGUUUGCCCCCAGGUCACACAGUUAGUCAGUUGGAGACAUGUAAGAUCAGGAGUAUCCGGGCGGGGACACUGGAGCGCUUGGUAGAGACACUCCUCACAUCGUUCGGUGAUAAUGACCUGACCUACACCAGCAUCUUCCUUUCCACGUACAGGACCUUUACUACUACACAGACUGUACUAGAUUUGCUGCUGGACAGGUAUGGUAGUUUUGAGGAUUGUGAGGGGGAGCAUAACCAGUGUCAGACUGGAGAGAGCAGAGUUGCUGUGAGAACUGCUUUGGCCUCUAUUCUAAGAGCCUGGUUGGAUCAGUGUCCAGAGGACUUCCAGGAACCUCCAUCAUAUCCGAGCUUGCAUCGUGUGCUGGGUUUCCUGCAGAAGGCCUUGCCAGGCUCAGAGCCAAUGCGGCGUGCUCAGAGUCUUCUAGAACAAUUGCGUGUCCAGGCCAGCCUAGGGAAUGAGACUGAAGGAGGCUUUCAGUACAACAACCCUUUCUGCCUUGGGGAAAAUGAAGAAGUGGAGAUCGAUUUGCAGGAGGACUUCUUCUCCUUUGAGCUUGACCUCGUAGCAGAGCAGCUGACUUACAUGGAUGCGCUGUUGUUUAAGAAGGUGGUCCCUCAUCACUGUUUGGGUGCUAUCUGGUCUCAGCGUGAUAAAAAGGAUGGCAAACGGACUGCGCCCACUAUCCGUGCCACCAUCACUCAGUUCAAUGCGGUAACGGCGUGUGUGGUCAGCACCAUCCUCCGUCAGAGGCAGAUGCGCCCGCAUUUGCGUGCUCGCAUCAUCCAGCGCUGGAUUGACAUUGCACAGGAGUGCCGUAUUCGUAAGAACUUCUCGUCUCUGAGAGCCAUAGUAUCAGCGCUGCAGUCCAACCCCAUCUACAGACUGAAGAGAGUGUGGGCUUCAGUUUCCAAAGAUAGUAUGCAGGUGUUUGAAGAGCUUUCCGAUAUUUUCUCUGACCAGAAUAAUUACCUUACAAGCAGGGAACUGCUAAUGCGGGAGGGCACCUCAAAAUUUGCCAGUCCGGACAGCUGUGCCAAAGAUCACCAGAAAAGAUCUCAAAAGAGACUGCAGUUACAGAAAGAGAUGGGUGCCAUGCAGGGGACGAUCCCAUACCUGGGUACAUUUCUCACAGAUUUGACCAUGCUUGAUACAGCACUGCCUGACCAUGUUGAGGCGAGACUGAUUAAUUUUGAAAAGCGACGCAGGGAGUUUGAAGUGAUCGCUCAGAUUAAGCUCCUGCAGUCUGCAUGCAAUAGUUACUGUCUGACCUCUGAUCCUGCAUUUCUGCGCUGGUUUAAAUGUCAGCCUCAGUACUCCGAGGAGGAGAGCUAUGCGUUGUCAUGUGUAUUUGAAGGAUUGGGAGACAACAGCCCAACAUCACCAAAACCCCGCAAGAGUAUGGUGAAGAGAUUAAGCCUACUCUUCUUAGGAUCCGAUUCCAUGAACGCAAGCUCUCCUGUGAGAGAGAGUCCUCGAUCGCCUCCUACUGGCAGCUCUGGGGAGAGCAUGGACUCGGUCAGUGUGUCUUCCAGUGACUCUAGUCCCUCAGAGAGUGAAGGCAUGACACCCACACACUCUAUAGACACUCAUCUGCAGAAGCUGUCCGGAUCUUCCUCUUGCACCUCAUUGCACUCCAUGGACACCUCCUCUUCUACAGCCAGCGCUUCCAUAUCUCUGGCCUCUCCGACCUUGCCUGGGCUCCCCUGCAUGCAUCGGCGCUUGAUCUCGUUGCUGCCCAUGUCCCCAACAUCACCUGGUUUUCUGCCUGCCUAUAACACACAAGCUCAGGAUGCAUGCAUAAUCCGAGUAAGCCUUGAACAGGGAAACGGCAACCUCUACAAGAGUAUCAUGCUGACCAGUCAAGACAAAACUCCAGCUGUGAUCUCUCGAGCCAUGGUCAAACACAACCUGGAGGGUGAGCAGGCUGCUGACUACGAGCUGGUGCAGGUCAUCUCUGAGGAGAGAGAAUUGGUCAUCCCUGACAACGCCAACGUGUUUUACGCCAUGAGCACAUCUGCAAACUUUGACUUCCUGCUGCGUCAGCGUGGUUCUGAGGGGAGGCCGGUUCAGCUGCGCAGUCGUUGCAGCUCCACACUACCCCGCACACAGCAACGCUGCAGUCUGUCCGUCAUGCUCAGCAAGGUCACACUGUGACCUCUGACCUUUUGUUGGACCAGAACGGGCUUUGCAAAAAGACUACAGCAGGUGGCGUACUAGAAAAUGGGCUUAUAGACUAUAUCAAGGAGAGUUUAUUAACUUCAUAUACAUUUCAGAACUAAUUUUGGCAUCUCAUGUUCUUCUAUUUUGCCUUUUGAAAUGAAAGGCUUAUGUUAAAUAGUAGCAUGUGCCUCCUCCUCCCCAUCUAGUUCACAUGUACAUAGUCACAUCCCAACCUCCCUAUUGCUGGAUAUUUUGCACAUGUGCAGGAAAGUCUCCUGCUCCUUGUCAGUAUUUGCAUAAGAGCACAUCUCUUCCUAGCCAAGAGGCCCACAUGACUUCAAUGAAAGAGGGAAAUGAAAUAAGCUGUGGGAAGAGAAAACUAACGACAACCAUGUUGCCUUUAUCAAUGGUAAUGAUGGAACUCUUGCAUCAGUAUUGAAGAUGAUCUGCAGUAGCUGUGAUUUCCUUCUACUGUCCACUUGUGCACUGUGUGGACAGUGUGGACCGUAUCCCUAGACUUAAAUUGCUUAGACUGGCUCACUAAGAAUCCAUAGAAUUGCAUUUACUUUCCAUCUUUAAAGGCAAAAUUGAGAAAAGAGCAACUGUUUCUUCUAGAAAUGAUGAG